CGUUCCCUCUGCCCGUUCUGUGUCGGAGCAAGUUGGAAUAAGUCAAGAUUUUUUGCAUUCUUAUUUGACAAAGAUAUUUUCAAUUAUAUUUAAGUUGUUAAGUCAUUUAAUAUGAAUGCAAUAAAUAAAACGGCGAUAGGCAUAGCUGCCGGAGUUGCGGGCACACUUUUUAUUGGAUACUGCAUUUAUUUUGACAACAAACGACGCGCCGACCCAGAGUACAAAAAGAAAGUCAGAGAGCGUCGACGUCGAAAUCGCAAAAGUGGAAAUACUGGCCGUAGUGGAAUUCCAAAUCUUAAUGACCACGAAGCAAUUGAGAGGUAUUUCCUUCAGGAAAUUCAAUUGGGAGAAACUUUAAUUGCACGGGGCGAAUUCGAAACCGGUGUGGAGCAUCUUGCAAAUGCCAUCGUAGUGUGCGGACAACCGGCCCGUCUCUUGCAAGUGUUGCAGACUUCCCUACCUGCACAAGUAUUUGCCAUGCUGAUUCUUAAAAUGCAAGAAUUUGGCAAUCGUGCAAAUGCUGAAAUGAGCGACACACCAAAAAUAGUUACAGCAAACUCGAUCGGAGGCGCCGAUAUUCCUACUGGGCUUGAUAGUGCCCACUCUGCAGUUUUGAUUGAUGAUCUAGAAUAGUUGUUGAGCAUAUACUGCAACUUGAAAGAAAUUUGCUUAAUGUAUAGAUAUUCAUAUAUAUAUGCUUAUAUUGUUGGCCUAUGUAUCUAUCUGGAAUGGUUAAUUACAUAUGCUUUAUGUACAAAUACUUCUUAAACAUUUAAAAUAAAUAUAAAGUAAAUAGAAAAAAAUUCUCACGGCUUCGAUUUGAAGACACUCAUAAAUGUUCCAUCGCAUGUAGAGAUACAUAUAAAUUGGCAAUUUACUUUGAAUUAAAAAUAGAAGUUAUUAAAUGUUAAAUAAACCUGAACUUGUCAGUAGCAAUUAAACAACGAA